AUGAAGAAGAAGAAACUGCGGCAAAUCGACGUCGCAAAUGCAUUCCUCUACGCACCUGUUGAUGCAGAAAUUUUCGUGGAGCUACCGCAGGGCUCCAACGGAGAGCCUAACCACGUCUGCCAGCUACUCAAAUCGCUCUACGGCAUCAAACAAGCCCCGCGGCUAUGGCAACAGUACCUGCACGCUCGCCUCAUCCGCAUCGGCUUCAAGCAACUACCGCAUGAUCAGGGGAUGUACCGGCUUACGAAAGGCACGGAUUACAUCUUGCUAAUUGUCUACCUAGACGAUCUCCUCUACAUCGGCUCAACCGACAGCGUCACUACCUGGUUCGAAGGGGAGCUGGAGCAGGACCUCACGCUCACGGUCUCAUCUACCGUCACACAGUACCUCGGCCUCAACAUCCGAGAAGAAGACGACGCGAUCUACCUCAGCGCCGCGAAGUACGCCGACACCAUCGCCAAGCGCUUCGCUCUCACGCCGACCACCAUCUACACACCGUACCACUACACGACAGGAAAUAACAAAGGAGGCUCCGCUCUACUCAAGCCCGCCGGCAUACGCGACUAUCAGAGGAAGCUGGGAUGCCUCCUCUUCGCAGCUGUCACCUGCCGUCCGGAUCUAUCAUACUCCGCAAGCCAGCUCGCCACCUACCUCAAGAAGCCUGGAGCGGAACAUCUGGCAGAACUAGACCGCGCUCUUCACUACCUCGUCAGCACCCCGACGAUCGGCCUGACCUACCACAAGAACGCAACUACAACACCUAAGUUAAUCGGCUACGUCGAUGCCGAUCACGCCGGCGACUCCGACAACAGGCGCUCGCGCACCGGCUACAUCUACCGCUUCGAGCCUAUCGGUCCUAUCUCCUGGCAGUCGAGCAAGCAGGAAUUAAUCGCCCUCUCAUCAGCUGAAGCAGAAUAUAUCGCACUCUGCUCAGCCACCAAGGAAGGACUUUACCUUCGCGAACUGCUGGAAGAAGCGAAGCUAGCUCAGUUACCCAGCUUCACCCUGUUCUGCGACAACCAGUCGGCAAUUCGCAUCGCCAACAAGAACAGCUUCGUGAACAGGACGAAACACAUCGCCCUGCGUUACUUCUUCGUGAAGGACGAGAUCGAGAAGGGGAGACUCGAGCUGUCGUGCUGCCCCACGUCCGAGAUGGCAGCCGAUUAUUUGACCAAGAAACUCGGAAAGCAGAAGUUCGAGUACUGCAUGCUGCUGACUGGACAGAGCCACGUCACCAACAGCGACACUCCAGAAGCGAAGGGGAGUGUUGGAAACAAUGAAUCUUAA